AUGGCAGAAUCACAAAUAGACCUAUCUAAAAAAUGGAAUAACACGGUGUUAUGUAGUGGAAGUAGAGGCAUUGUACUCGACAUCAAAAGUGAUGAAGAAGAUGAAUUGACUAUUCUUCCUCAGCCUGCAUCCAAAAAUUUAGAUCAUCGUGGUCGUAGCAAACGUAGAAGAACAAGUGCAUCGAGAAAUAAUACGUCUGAAGGUCGUAACAUAAAUUCAAACAUUGUGAUUGAUCUUACUAUUGAUGAUCCACCCGAACCUUCGGUUACAAAGAGAAAGCGUGGUCGACCAAAGAAAUCCAAUACAACAAUAAUACCAAGGAUGUCU